GGGAAUCUGAUUAUCUGAUAUAAACUUUGAUUUAGCAAUGAAGUUAUUUUAAUAUUUAAUUAUACUCAUAAGUUAAAAUUGCAUUAAAAAUGAAGUACAUUUAUUUGAUUUUAUUAAAUUAUAUUUGCAUUUGUGUGUCUUAUAAACCAGUAGUAUUAAUUCAUGGUGUUUUAACGGGUAAUGUAAGCAUGGGCAUUAUCGCCGCAAGGAUCAAAGAGAAACACCCGGGAACUGUUAUUUACAAUACAGAACGAUUUGCUGGUUGGUCAAGUGUAGAGCCGAUGUGGCGGCAAGUACUCGAAAUUGGUGCUGAUGUAAUUAAUAUAAGUAACUCAAAUCCUAAUGGAAUACAUUUACUAGGGUAUUCACAAGGAGGGCUCCUCGCUCGUGCCAUUCUGGAAACUUUUCCUGAACAUAAUGUACAUAAUUUUAUAUCAUUAAGUUCCCCACAAGGAGGGCAAUUUGGAACUGCAUUUUUACAUUUGUUUUUUCCCGACCUAGUGUGUAAAACUGCGUAUGAAUUAUUUUAUUCCAGAGUCGGUCAGCGUACAUCUGUUGGUAAUUAUUGGAAUGAUCCACAUAAACAAAAAUUAUAUUUUAAAUAUAGUGUUUUUUUACCAUUUAUUAAUAAUUUAAUUGCAUCAAACCGCAGUGAAUCAUUCAAAAAGGGUAUCGUUAAAUUGAAAAAAAUGGUGCUAAUUGGUGGUCCUGAUGAUGGUGUUAUUACACCAUGGCAAUCUAGUCAUUUUGGAUAUUAUGGCAAAAACGAGACUGUUAUUGAUUAUAAAGAUCAAUUAAUUUACAAACAUGACACAUUCGGCUUAAAAACUUUAGAUAAGAGUCGGCGUUUAGUUGUACAUGAAGUACCUGGUGUCACCCAUUUUGAUUGGCAUAUCAACGUGGAUAUCGUCGAUAAAUAUAUACUUCCAUACUUAGAUUAAUUUGAGAUGAUUUUUUGUAAAUAAUUUAUUUUAAG